CCCCGUCCAUGUCCACGGAGAGCCCGACAGCGCCGCGCUCCCCCCGCUGCCGCUCCUGUCCCGGCUGCCGGCGGGCGGACCCGGCGGCCGCGCACAGCCCCGCGCAGCCCGGCAUGGCGCGGCGCGGCCGCUUCCAGCGCCUCUUCGGCCGCAGCGAGUCGGAGGACUCGGAGCCCGAGGGGGCGGCCGCCGCUCCCCGCCGCCGCCCCUCCGCCGCCGCCGCGCCCAAGCGGCGCCCCGCGUUCCCCCACUGGCGCCCGAAGAAGAAGGAGCAGCAUCCUCGGAGGGGCGGCGAUGCCGCGCCUGCCCGGACCCCGCCGCCCGCCUCGCCCCUCGAGUCCUCGGCACCGCGGUACUAUGAUGUAUCGAGCAGACGCUACACUGUUCAAGAAAACCAAAUACCAUCAGUAAUCUGUCCACAUUCUUAUGUUCUUCCAGCAAUAUCAAUGUCUACUGCCUCAUUACCAGCAGCACUUAGAAAGGUCUCCCAGGACAUAGCAAGCAUUUAUGAGACUGCAGCAGUUGGUCUAUAUGCAAAACCAUGA